GUCCUGAGUCUGACACCAGCAAACACACACACACACGGCAGCUCGCUGAGGAGCAACAUCCCACAUAAGGGCGAGAAGAGGAGCAGGAUUGAAAGUUGUACACGGCGUGAGAGCAUCCAUAUCAAUGAGGACACCUGGCAUGGCGCUCUUUAAACAGCUGCUGGUGGAGGACUUCUAUGACAUUGGAGAGGAGCUGGGAAGCGGUCAGUUCGCAGUGGUCAAGCGUUGCACAGAGAAGAGCACGGGCCUGGAAUAUGCGGCCAAGUACGUCAAGAAGCGCCAAAGCCGCGGCAGCAGACGCGGCGUGAGGCGGGAGCAGAUCGAGAGGGAGGUGGACAUCCUGAAGCAGGUCCAGCACGCCAACGUUGUAGCGCUUCACGAUGUCUACGAGAACCGCACGGACGUGGUACUCAUCCUGGAGCUCGUUUCUGGUGGAGAGCUGUUCGAUUUCCUGGCUCGCAAGGAGUCGCUUUGUGAAGAGGAGGCCACUCAGUUUAUUAAGCAAAUCCUGGAUGGAGUCCAGUACCUUCACUCCAAAAGGAUUGCACAUUUUGACUUAAAGCCUGAAAACAUAAUGCUGCUGGACAGAAAUGUUCAUCGACCCCGCAUUAAAAUCAUCGACUUCGGACUGGCACACAAAAUGGAAGACGGAUCAGAUUUUAAAGACAUUUUUGGAACCCCUGAAUUUGUUGCUCCAGAGAUAGUUAACUAUGAGACCUUGGGGUUGGAAGCAGACAUGUGGAGCAUUGGGGUCAUCACGUAUAUACUCUUGAGCGGCGCGUCGCCUUUCCUCGGCGACACGAAGCAAGAGACGUUAGGCAACAUCUCCGCCAUGAGCUACCAGUUCGACGAGGAGUUCUUCAGCAACACGAGCGAGCUGGCCAAGAGCUUCAUCAGGCAGCUGCUGGUGAAGGACACGAGGAAACGCAUGAGCAUACAAGACGCCCUCAACCAUCCUUGGAUUAAGCCUCACAAUUCCAAACAAGCGAUGGUCAAGAGGUUGUCGGUGGUCAACUUAGAGAACUUCAAGAGGCAGUAUGCCAGGCGUAGGUGGAAGCUCUCGUUCAGGAUUGUGGCUCUGUGCAACCACUUAACCCGGAUCAUGAAGAAGGGUCACAAGCUGCCGGAGCAGAGUACGAGGGAUUGUGAAAGCGACCAGGAAGAAGACAUCCUAAAGAGGCGGCCGAGGACCAGAAAGAGAAGCAGCACUUCCUGAAAGCUCUUAAAAGCCUGUCUGUUGUGACACACACACACACACACACACACACACACACACACACACACACACACACACACACACACACACACACACACACACACUUACACACACACACUUGCAGCUGUCACCCUAUAUAAACCUAUCCAUGCCAACAGUCUGGAAUGCUUCAUUUGUCCGUGCGAGCCUCCGCCACAUAAUCUGCCGCCGUGUUACUUAGCAUUUUCAAAUAACAGCUUGUUUACUUUUCUGCCAUAGUAGGAUUAUUGUUGACGUCUUGGAGAACGUAGACGACUUCCUCUAAUAUUAUGCAGUCUUAAAAAUCCUUCAGCUGUCGAGUGUUAACACAAAGACUGCUUUUUUUAUUAAAGGCCUACUGAAAUGAGAUUUUCUUAUUUAAACGGGGAUAGCAGAUCCAUUCUAUGUGUCAUACUUGAUCAUUUCGCGAUAUUGCCAUAUUUUUGCUGAAAGGAUUUAGUAGAGAACAUCGACGAUAAAGUUCGCAACUUUUGGUCGCUGAUAAAAAAAAGCCUUGCCUGUACCGGAAGUAGCGUGACGUCGCAGGUUGAAAGGCUCCUCACAUCUGCACAUUGUUUACACCAGCAGCAAGAGCGAUUCGGACCGAGAAAGCGACGAUUAUCCCAUUAAUUUGAGCGAGGAUGAAAGAUUUGUGGAUGAGGAACGUGAGAGUGAAGGAUUAGAGUGCAGUGCAGGACGCCAGGGUGUAUCUUUUUUCGCUCUGACCGUAACUUAGGUACAAGCUGGCUCAUUGGAUUCCACACUUUCUCCUUUUUCUAUUGUGGAUCACGGAUUUGUAUUUUAAACCACCUCGGAUACUAUAUCCUCUUGAAAAUGAGAGUCGAGAACGCGAAAUGGACAUUCACAGUGACUUUUAUCUCCACGACAAUACAUCGGCGAAACACUUUAGCUUCGGAGCUAACGUGAUUGCAUCGUGCUUAAAUGCAGAUAAAAACAAAAGAAAUAAACCCCUGACUGGAAGGAUAGACAGCAGAUCAACAAUACUACUAUCAGGAGACACCGAACCAAACACUGGACCUGUAACUACACGGUUAAUGCUGUCCAGCCUGGCGAAGCCUAGCAAUGCUGUUGCUAACGACGCCAUUGAAGCUAACUUAGCUACGGGACCUCACAGAGCUAUGCUAAAAACAUUAGCUAUCCACCUACGCCAGCCCUCAUCUGCUCAUCAACACCCGUGCUCACCUGCGUUCCAGCGAUCGAUGGCGCGACGAAGGACUUCACCCGAUCAUCAGUGCAGUCGGCGGCUAGCGUCGGAUAGCGCGUCUGCUAUCCAACUCAAAGUCCUCCUGGUUGUGUUGCUGCAGCCGGCCGCUAAUACACCGAUCCCACCUACAGCUUUCUUCUUUGCAGUCUCCAUUGUUCAUUAAACAAAUUGCAAAAGAUUCACCAACACAGAUGUCCAGAAUACUGUGGAAUUAUGUGGUGAAAACAGACAACUUAAGCUGGCCCCCGUGCUAUUUCAAAAUGUCUGCUCCAACCCGUGACGUCACGCGCAUACGUCAUCAUACCGAGACGUUUUCAGCCGGAUAUUUCCCGGGAAAUUUAAAAUUGCACUUUAUAAGUUAACCCGGCCGUAUUGGCAUGUGUUGCAAUGUUAAGAUUUCAUCAUUGAUAUAUAAACUAUCAGACUGCGUGGUCGGUAGUAGUGGCUUUCAGUAGGCCUUUAGGCUGGCUCUUUUUGGAGCAAGGAACCAUAUUUGGUUACUUUAUAAACAAGAGUUCAAAAUGGACCUUGAGUGCUUCAUUAUGAGGCAGUAAAAUAAGUUAUGAUUACGAUAUACUGUCUUUUUGUCUGUGUCAUGUAUAGUAAAUAUCCAAGUAUUUCAAUAAAACAAUAUAUGACCAUCCUCCUGUAUAAAUAACAUCUAUACAUAUUUAAAGUGCAAGUUUUUAAUGCAACUAUUUGUUCAUGAUACAUUUGAUGUACUUAUGGUGUAAAUAUAAAUAUCAGUCUUACCAGUUUUAAACAAAAACGUUCCUCUUUGGUCGGUUUACUUGUAUGUACUGUAUAUUGAAAUGGUGGUUUAAUAAACUCCUGAACAUAA